GCGAGCGGUACGCAGGCGCGCAGUCGCACAUCCGUCAGCAUAGCAAACGUCAGAUACAACACCUCAAGUUCCGAUUCCAAUUCAGAUACAGAUACAGUGCGACAAUCUAAACACGCGUGUUUGCACCACACCGAACGAAAACGAGACGCGAGGCAAGGAGUGCAAAGCAUAUGGACAGCGAAAUAAAUAAAGCGGAGCCAUAAAAAUUCCACACAUCGUUCGGUGCGCAGCGACGAAGAUCGAAUGCGGACAAAAAGGCUAAAAUACAGCGAGCCCAGCCAAAUAAAAGCGAUUCGCGGCCAAGUCGACGAAGGUGCUGCGAGUGGAGUGGCCGAGGUGGCCAAGGUGCGAGACAAGAAAUUAAAUUGAUAAAGCCUAAAAAGCGGAGCCUAGGACUUUGUCCAACAAACAAACCUACCAACCAACCAACACACACACACAAACUUGUCGCGUUGUUUGCUCGGCGCGGGCAAUUAUCGGGCGAAUAUCGGGAAUCUGGGAACUGGGAAAUGGGAAUUCGAGUGCGAAGCAACCCCACCAGAGUCCGAGUGUUAAAGUGUGUGCCAGUGUGUGUGUCUGCCAGUGUGUGUGCAUAUAGUGUGUGGUGUGUAUCGCCUAGCUGGUGUGGCAAAUAGCUCAGAGCCACGAAAUUGCUUUUAUCGGCGCACCGCAUCGCAAGUCCAGAAAUUAAAAACAAAAAGAGAAACUGUUGUUCGUUUGGCCGAAGGGCGGCCAGCUAGCCAUCUCGCAAAAUAUUAGCCCGCCGGGCUCACAACGCCAGCAAACGCAAACGCAAACAAACAAACAAACAAACGGCCAGCGCAAAAAUGUAUAAUAAAAAAUUACAGCAAGUGAUCGUGCAGAAAAUAGAUCGAUAAACCCAAAGCCCCAAACCCCCAAAACCUCCAAACCCUCAAACUCCAAACGAACUCGAACCCGAAAAAAAAAUCUGACAAAACAACAAAAAAAAACGAAGCGAAAAAGCGACGCGGUCCAGCGGAGAGUAUAAAAAUAAAUAAACGAGCGACGAUCAGCGAGCGAUCAAGGAGCUAAAGCAGGAGGAGCACGUUUCUGGGUUUUUGUUUCAAUUUCAAUUGUGGAAAUCGUAGAGGAAAAAUUCGUAUCGAACCGGUCUCCGCCGAGUCGCCCCCGAAACGAGGAGCGGAGGACGAAGCCUCCUCAGCCGAGAACGAACCACCGAUAUUUAUUAAACAAAGACAGAAAUUAAUUUCACGACUUUGUAAAAGGCACCACAGCAAUACAGCAAUCCAGCAUACACCACCCAUCACCCCCCUCGAUUCCACAGCCACCGCCGCCGCCCUCCAUGAGCGGCUUGAACUUUGAGCCUGAGGUCUGGGCUUCCACAGGGAACUAGGGAUCGGGAUCUUCGGCCCGCCGGCAAAAUGUACGACAUCAAGCGCCUGGAAGCGGGACAACAGAAACUACAACUACAGCAAGCACAGCAACCACCACUGGGCCUUGACCUGAGCGGCCAGCAACAGCAACUCACCUGCAGUGUGAUCACAGCGCCCGCACACCGGGCUAAUCCCAAUCCCAAUUCCAUCUCCAGCUUCAGCUCCAGCUCCAGCUGCAGUUCCCAAUCCAAUCCCAGCGAGGCCACCCACAUGACUCUGUUGACGCUGCGCCGGCGCCGUUCGCUGCAGCGACGCGCCUGCCUCCUGAGCAUCCUCGCCGCCUUCGUCUUCGGCAUGGCACUGGGCGUGGUGGUGCCCAUGUUCGGCCUGCCCCGCCACCAGGACUCCCCGCCAGAUCUGUCGGAGGAGCCGAUCCAAAUGGUGGCCGUGGAGCCGCUGAGCAGCUACCGCGUGGAGUUCAUCAAGGAGACGGACGAGCUGAGUGCCGAGCAGGUAUUCCGCAAUGCCUUUCACCUGGAGCAGGACAAGAAUGCGCCGGACUCGAUGGUGGUGAAGAAACUGGACACCAACGACGGCAGCAUUAAGGAGUUCCACGUGCAGCGCACAGCCAGCGGCCGAUAUCGCAAGGGUCCGGAGCGCAGGCUGUCCAAGAUGAUGCCAGAGCGGGUGCAGCCACAGGAGACGCUUCGUUCGCCGGCAACCUCGCCCACAACGCCCACCGGCGAGCACCAGGCGGGCCUCAUUGAGGAGGACGUCUAUUGGGGUGCCACUGUGGAGCAGGCGCUGCCCAAGGGCUUCGCCGCCAAGGAUCAAGUCACCUGGGAGCGCUUCGUGGGCGAGCAGGGGCGUGUUGUGCGCCUGGAGCAGGGAUGCGGCAGGAUGCAGAACCGCUUGGUGGUGUUCGCGGAUGGAACACGGGCCUGUGCCCGCUACCGCCAGAAUACGGAUCAGAUACAGGGCGAGAUAUUCAGCUACUAUUUGGGCCAGCUCUUGAACAUCAGCAAUCUGGCACCGAGUGCCGCCACCGUGGUGGACACCAGUACGCCCAAUUGGGCCGCUGCCCUCGGCGACAUCACACAGGCGCAGUGGAAGGAGCGCCGACCAGUGGUGCUGACCCGCUGGCUGGCCGAUCUGGAGCCGGCUGGAAUACCACAGCCCUUCCAGCCGCUGGAGCGGCAUCUCAACAAGCACGACGUCUGGAACCUGACGCGGCACAUGCAAUCCGAAAGGCAAACCCAGUCGCAGUCGCCGUUGCAAUCGCAAUCGCAGCCACAAGGAUUACUCAAGCGGUUGGGGGCUGCCAGUUCGCCCGGCUCCGCUCAUCAAUCAAACGCGAUUGAGGAGACAGGAACAGGAACCGACACCGAAACCGAAACGGCCAGCAACGGAGCGCUGGUGCAGCGACUAAUUGAAUUGGCACAAUGGUCCGAUUUAAUCGUCUUCGAUUACCUGAUCGCGAAUCUCGAUCGCGUGGUUAAUAACCUGUACAACUUUCAAUGGAACGCCGACAUUAUGGCCGCGCCGGCGCACAACCUUGCCCGCCAGUCCGCCUCCCAGCUGCUCGUCUUCCUGGACAACGAAAGCGGCCUGCUGCACGGCUACCGGCUGCUAAAGAAGUACGAGGCAUACCACAGCCUCCUGCUGGACAACCUCUGCGUCUUCCGGCGUCCCACCAUCGACGCCCUGCGACGUUUGCGGGCGGCGGGUGCCGGGCGCCGGCUGCGUGACCUCUUCGAGCGGACGACCAGCGCCGGAGUGCGGGAUGUGCUGCCCUCCCUGCCGGACAAGUCCGUGAAGAUCCUGGUGGAGCGCAUCGAUCGGGUGCUGGGUCAGGUGCAGAAGUGCCAGGGCAGCUAAUGAAGCGAUUGGCAUCAGCCCUUUCCCCCCCACACGACUGAUAAGUGGGUGCAUCUUCACCUGGAUUGGGAUUGCAGUAGUCAAGGGAUCGGUGGCUUGGAGGGGGGUUAUAUAAAAACAAAGGGGUUCUAGAAAAUUGUUAACUUAUAAAAUGAAAGCUUGCAAAUUGUAACAAACAUUUUCAGUAAGCCAGCCACUGAUCCCCGGAGAUCCGAGUAUUAAGGGGUGAUCCACUAAAAUACCUAACUUGUAAAUGCCAGACUCUAUGCAUGAGUAUUAAGCUUACCUAUCAGUAAAUGUAUCUGUAUAAACUAAGCCUAGCUAGCGUUAACAAUGUGUGUGAUAUUUGUCUAAGGAACCAGACUAAGUAGUUUUCAUUUUACCUUUACAACCAAUAAACCACAAAUAUAUACCGAACGAAA